AUGGUGAUUGAUCUUCACUCUUUUGAACUGACUCAAAAGCCUCCUCAGCAUCCAUUAGCAGCGAUGAAGCCAAUGAAAAUCAUGGAUCCCUUGGUAGUUGAAGUGUUGGAGUUGAAUUCAUUCCUUCCAGAGAUGGUGGAUAACGUUGUUGGAGGGAGUUCCUCCAAUGCUGAAAAUAGUGGCAUCAGAGAACAAGACCGUUUGUUGCCAAUAGCCAAUGUUGGGAGGAUCAUGAAGCAGAUUCUGCCUCCUAACGCCAAAAUCUCAAAGGAAUCAAAGGAAACAAUGCAAGAGUGCGUGUCAGAGUUCAUAAGCUUUGUGACGAGCGAGGCAUCAGAGAAGUGCAGGAAGGAGAGGAGGAAGACUGUGAACGGAGAUGAUAUAUGCUGGGCCUUAGGAUCCCUUGGUUUUGAUGACUAUGCAGAGCCAUUGAGAAGGUAUUUGCAUAGAUAUAGAGAAGUAGAAGUAGAUAGAUCAGGUAACCAAGAGAGAGGAAAUAGCCCCCCGGGAAGAGAAGAAUAG